AUGGCUCCUGGUGGGGUGAAGCCUCGGCCUAAGAAGACAGUUGUUGCAAAUCAGCAAACAACUAGAACUAAAAGGCCUAAGAGAAGCUUGGCAGCAAGUGACAUUCCUGUGCCAACUCCAACUCCAUCCGUUUCUCGUGCCAGGCAAGAUGAAGAAAAUGUUGGCAACUUUGAUGACCACCUACAGCCCUUUGUUCAAGAUGAUAGUUUUGACCAGCUUAACAGCAACAUCUCUGUUGCCAAUGGAAGUGAUGGCAUUGACAACCAGCAAUGUAAUGGUACUUCCCUACCUAAUGGGCACAACCUGGUGGCUAUCGAAGUAGAUCAUUCUGCCCAACCUGAUGCCAAUGACACUGAAGUGAGGAACGAUAUUCCUAUAUUGAAGAACUGGAAGGAAUACAAGAAGCAACCUGGGCUCCUAAGAAUGUUGAUGGGGAGACUUAAGAUAAAGUUUGAUAUCGACAUUAAUGCUGCUCCUGUUAAAAAGGCUUGCUAUGAGAUGAUGAAAUCUGCAAUUCACCAACAAUGUUACAAGCUGAAGAAAAAGUACUUUAAUCCUUACCCACUCCACUUAGUCACCAAAACUUCUCCUGUCAAGUCUAUAACUGAUACACAAUGGAAUGAUCUUGUGGAAUUCUGGAAGACUCCCCAAAAAAUUGAAGCUUGCGAAACAAACAAAACCAACCGAGGCAACGUUAAGUACCAUCAAACAACUAGCUCUCGCAGCUACGAGGUCCACUUGGAAAAUUUGGGAGACAAGUACAAAGAUCAGGAACUUGAUGCACUGGAUUUAUUCAAGGAGUGCCACUACAGCAACAAAAAAAAUGGCUAUACAGUUGUUGUCCAGUCUGCUAUUACUCAAAUGGAAACCAGGAUCGCCGAACCUGCAGAAGAACAAGAAAUAAGGUCUGUGACAGAGGUCGUGGCAGGCGUGCUUGCUCAGAACACUAAGAAGAACACAUUUCUGGAAAAUGUGGGGAUCCACAACAACCAACCUACAUCUGGUGGACAAAACCUUCAAGCUGAACUAUUGGCACAAAGGGAAAAUGCUGAGCUUCGAUUGCUGGUCAACUCUCAGCGAGAACAGAUGCAUGAGUUGUCCACGAAGCUACAAGAAACAGAGCAAGCAAGGACUAGGGACCGUGAAGAGAUGGCAAAGAAGCAAGUAGAGACUGAUGCAAAACUUGAACUUGUGUUAAGUAUGCUUCAGCGGCAUUAGUCUAUGGGGUAAGCUGGUCUCGGUCUCUUAGAAAUAUAGUUUCUGUGAAGCUUUGUUAGCUAAGAUGGAACCUAUCUUUUGCGACUUCAUUUGUUUUGCGGUUGCUGCCCUGUUGAGGUCAUCCUUUUGCUGCUGCAAACUGCAUGCAUUCUGUGUUUCAACAGAAUGCAAGCAUUUUGCUGUUACUCCAGGGCUGGAGGGGUUGAAGUGUCUAGUGCAAACUGUGAUUUGCUUGUGGACAAGAACUUGUGUUGUAUCUGAUGUGCAAUUUGAAAUCUGAUGUGCUAUUUGAUCAAAACAUAUGUUUAUGUUUA